AUGACGGAAACUUGGCCAAAAUUUGAAAGAACCACUAUUCCGUGCUCAGUGCCCGAUCAGCGGUAUAAUCUUGAUGAGAAGCCACCAUUCAAUCGCACUAUAAAUGUAUAUCCGUUGACAAAUUACACAUUUGGAACGAAAGAUGCGCAAGCCGAAAAGGACAAAUCGGUGGCGGAGCGAUUCAAAAGAAUGCGCGAUGAGUAUGAUGUGGUGGGAAUGCGGCGUUCUGUUGAAGCUGUUCUCAUCGUGCACGAGCACUCUCUUCCACACGUUCUUCUUCUUCAAAUUGGAACGACUUUCUUCAAAUUGCCAGGAGGCGAGUUGGAGCAAGGAGAAGACGAAAAAGACGGAAUGAUUCGACUUUUAAACGAGACUUUGGGUCGAACUGAUGGCAUUGAGAACACGUGGACGAUCGAAGACGAAAUAGGAAACUGGUGGAGACCAAACUUCGAUCCUCCGCGGUAUCCUUACAUUCCGGCGCACGUAACUCGACCAAAAGAGCACACGAAGCUUCUGCUGGUCCAGCUUCCAGUGAAUGCAACGUUCUGUGUUCCGAAAAACUUCAAACUCGUCGCCGCCCCACUUUUUGAGCUCUAUGACAAUUCUGCAGCGUACGGACCAUUGAUAGCCAGUCUGCCGACGACUUUGAGCAGAUUCAAUUUCAUUUUCAACGAGCCAAGCAGCACCUCGCCGACUCCGCCGAUUUCGACGUAA